AACCAUUUAGAAAUUGGAAAAGAGACGACGAAACGAGUUGGAGAGAGAGUGAUCAGAUAAAAUGGCGACGGGGACGGCGAAGGAGAAACCGAAGAUCGUGUGGAACGAAGGGAGACACAGAUUCGAGACAGAGGAUCACGAAGCUUUCAUAGAAUACAAGAUGAAGAACGAAGGUAGUAAAGUCAUCAUGGAUCUGGUUCGAACCUUUGUACCGCCGUCAAAAGCAGGAUUAGGUUUGGCUUCGUAUCUCUGCGUCGCCGCCUUCGAACACGCCUCCGAACACUCUUUCUCCAUCAUCCCCACUUGCUCCUACGUUUCCGAUACGUUUCUUCCUCGAAACCCAUCGUGGCAGCAUCUGGUUCACUCAGAGGAUUCCAAGACCAUCAAGUCUAGCAUCUGAUCUCAAUUCUCAUCAAGUCUUUGCUUCUUCUACUUAAAAAGUCUUUGGUGUAAUAAAACUUAAAACACUUCAGGUUACAUUAUUAUAAAGCUUAUUUCAUGUCUCUGUAACAACAAAAAAUCCCAAUAUGUAUUGUAUUUUUCACAAUUCGACAGCAACAAAACACUAAUGUUGUCAACAUUAUAAAAAUAAAACGUGACAAAAGCAUUAUUCUA